AUGAAUGAAAAUAUUGAAAUAAAAAGAAAUAAAAAAGUUGCAGUUAUUGGUGCUGGACCAAGUGGUAUUGUUAGUGCAAAAACAGCAUUAGAAUGUGGAUUUGAUGUAGUAUUAUUUGAAAAGAAUGAUAAUAUUGGUGGAGUUUGGUCAAUUGGUGAAAGUGGUAAAGCAUGGGAUAAUAUGAAAACUCAUAUUUCUUAUGUUUCAAUGAGUUAUUCAGAUUUUAUAUGGGAAGAAGAAAAUGAAAAACCAUUUCAUCCAACUAAACAGCAAAUGUUUAAAUAUCUUUAUGAUUAUUCAAAACAUUUCAAAGUUUUAGAAAAAACAAGAUUAAAUACAAACGUUAUUAGUAUAUCAGAAGUUUGUGAAAAUGACCAAAACCAAUGGUUAAUAAAAUCAAAUAAAAUUAAAGAAAAAUCAGAAAUUCAUGAAGAAAUUUAUGAUUAUGUAAUAAUUUGUACUGGAAUGUUUAGUAAAAAAAGGGAUAUUGAUAUCAAAGAUAAAUUAAUAAAUAAAUUUAAUGGUAAAGUUUGGUCAUCUGAUGAAUUUAAAGAUCCAAAUGCCUUUAUUGAUAAAAGAGUUUUAGUUGUGGGUGGAUUUUCAAGUGGAAUUGAAAUUUCAUCAGCAGUUGCUGAAAAAGCAAAAAUGGUUUAUUUAAAUUGUAGAGAUUCAGUUUAUAUAUUUAAAAGAAGAUACCCAAUAGAUAAAGAAAAUAUACCACAUGUAGAUUAUUGUUUCCAAAAAAGAUCAAUGAUUUAUGAAAGUAAAAAAACAAUUGAAGAAAUCAAUAAAAUGACGGAUUCUUAUUUCAAUUUAGCGUCAGAGAAUCAAAGAGAAAAUAAUUUAUUUAAAUAUAAAAAACCUGAAAAUCAAUCUCAUUAUUAUAUAUUUUCAGACACCUUUUUUAAAUGUUUAGAACUUGAUAAAAUAAAGGUGGUUGAAAAUACUUUAAUUGAUUGUAAUGGUAAUGAAAUGAUUUUUAAAGAUUCAAAUGGAAAUAUUGAAAUAAUUGAUAAUGUUGAUGAUAUAAUUACUUGCGUUGGUUAUGAUAUUGAUUUACCGUUUUUUGACAAUGAAAUUAAAAAAAAGAUUUCAAUGAAUUUAUCAGUACCUCAUUUACCAAUACUUUUAUAUAAACAUACACUAUCACCACAUUUAGAUAAUAUGGCAUUCAUUGGAAUGUAUAGAACACCAGUUUUUUCUGAAAUGGAAUGUCAAGCACGUUUUGCAAUUUAUGGAUUCGCUGGUAUUUCAAAAUUACCAACUAAAGAAAUAAUGCUCGAAGAAAUAAAAAAUGUUGAAAUUAUUAGAGAGAGAAAUGAAAAACAUAGUAGACCACAAUUUGCUUUACCAAAUAGAGUUUAUUUUUGUGAUGAUCUUGCUAAAGAAAUUGGUGCACUUCCAGAUUUUAACAAAUUAAAAGAAAAUGAUUCUUUAUUUUAUAAUAUAAAUUGGAAUCUAUUAUUUCAUCCUUCUUUUUACAGAAUGAUUGGUCCUUUUUCAAAUUCAAAUUCAAGAAAUAUUAUAUUAAAUGACUAUAAUAAUUAUUAUAUUGGAAAAAAAUAA